AUGAAAAGCAAGAAGCAGUCAUUCAAGCUGCCUGGCUUGCGCAGGUGUUUCUGGUGUUUGUGGCUGUUUGUGGCACUCUGGAUUGUGGAGCAGCAGAAUGUGUACUCAUCACGGGCAUCAGGUAGAAAUGCCGCCGAGGAGGAUGCAGAAUUGGAAACCACCAGAGGAGUACCGGACGAUACGAUGGCUAGGUUGCAUGCAGAACUGGCUGCCCAGCAGGAAGUAACGAAUCCCCAGCUGGCGAGUUUACACCUUACAGAGAACCGAUGCCACGUAAUUGCUUUCACUGUGCUUUUCUUAAUAUUAAUAAGGGCAGUUGUACUUCUCAGGGAGCGAGAGCGCAAAAAGAAGGCGGAAGAAGAAGUUAAACCUCCCCAAGAGGAACCCCACCCGGAAGGAGAGGAAGGAAAAGAAGCAGAAGAAGCAGGAGAAGAAGGAAAGCCUGUGCAGGAAGAAGAACCUUCGCCAGAACAGGUAGUUUCGCAGCCAGAGGAACCUCCGAAAGAAAUACCCCUGCCCCGAAAAGAAGCAGAAGAAGCAGGAGAAGAAGGAAAGCCUGUGCAGGAAGAAGAACCUUCGCCGGAACAGGUAGUUUCGCAGCCAGAGGAACCUCCGAAAGAAAUACCCCUGCCCCGAAAAGAAGCAGAAGAAGCAGGAGAACAAGGAAAGCCUGUGCAGGAAGAAGAACCUUCACCGGAACUGGUAGUUUCGCAGCCAGAGGAACCUGCGGAAGAAAUACCCCUGCCCCAAAUGCCUAUGGCACAAGUGCCCGUGCCGAUGCCGCGGCGUAGACCAAAAGCGGAAGUUCCACAUGAGAAACAAACGAAACAACCAGAGGAGCCUGGUGGAAAUGCAGUACCAGAUGAAGGAUUCGUGCAGAGGCCGAUAUCUCGUGCGAAAAAGAGUCGAAAGGAGUUUGUCGGGAAGGCGGGGCCUCCUCCGGCGGCCCCCUCGCAGGUGCAACCAGGUACUGAAGAGGAAGUGGCACAUGGGCAGGGGCCUCCUACCGGGGCUCCUGACCAGCUGCAACCAGGUAUUGAACAGGAGGCAGAAGAAGUGGAAACCGUUCAACAACCGACUCAGCCACUACCUGUUGAGCCUACGCCAAUGCAGCCUACCUUGCCACAGCUUCCAGAACAACCAGCGCCAGCUCCAGUGCCUGGUGUGCCGGAGUUGGGGUAUGUUGAGCCUUCUGUCCCUCCAGCAGUCGCCCCUGUGGCGCCCCACGAAGUUCCAGAACCCAUACCUGUCACGGAUAUCCAGGGUAAUGAGAAAUUGCGAGAUUUGAGGGCUCGUCGGAACGUCAUCAGCAGUCUGGUGGGUGUUGCAACGAGGCUGACAGAUGAAUUGAUGGCAAGGGAGACACCGGGGAUUGUUAGAACAUUGAAGCAGAAUGCGGAAACAGCUGAAAAGGCGGAAGGGCAGUACGAUUUGGCAAAAUACCGAGGAGAUCCAAACCUUCCAUACAUUCGGAGUGAGACCACCAGCCUAAUGGAAGCAUGCCUUGAAGGAGCCCGCGAUGCUGUAUUGCAGUUGGUGAACCUGGCAAAAAUCCACGGUGAGAAAGUGCAUGCGUACUGUUCUGAGAAGGCCUUUUCUUCAGACUACGAGAGCAUGCGGAGAGGUCUGGCGGAGAUGGCCGAUUGGAAAGAGUUCAAAUUGUGUCUCUUGACGCUAUCUUCGGUGGUAAAUACCUCGGUAGCUCUGAAACAUGAGAAUGAUGCCCAGCUUAGAAUCUUGCAGUCAAUAGGGUUUGUUGACGAAUGCGGAGGAGAUGAUCUCGUCAAAGCAUACGCAGCCGUUGCUGCCAUGAAUUUCAGGAUGGAAACCUUGCAACGCUUGUCUGCUCUGGGCAGCGCAUUGGAGAGAUAUAUACUACAAGCCCAAAAGUCUCUGCUGACGGGAAAGGUGCAGCUUGGACUCGUACCGCUUGAGAUGGAUGCAAAUUUGGCACAGGCGCUCCAUGUGUUAUUGUCAAAAAUUCGCCCAGCACCUGCGGGUCAGACAGCAUCUGGAAUAACAGAAGAAGAAUUACAUGCCGUAAACAAUUUGCUUCGACAGCAAUAUCAAGAUCUGCAAGGUAUGGCUAGUGCGAAGGACGUCCAUGCUGUUGCAGCUGUGUACGAGCGCGCACAGCUAGUUAAUCAAAGGCUCAAACCCAUAUUGCAGAUGCAAAAGGAGAAGCUCAAUUCAACUCUGAAGCGCCAACCGCUCAGCAAGGAAGAGGCCAACGCUGCCGCUGAGGCUAUGGCGAAAAUUGCUGAGAGUGUCGUCGACGACAGCGAAGAUUUCUGGCGCUCUGCGCAUGAUCUUUAUGCACAGAUUAGUGGCAAGCCUGAUGAUAUGCUUAGUUUUGCUAGCGGGAAAGUGCUACUGCAAACGCUGACAACUAAGAUAAUAAGGGCAGUUGUACUUCUCAGGGAGCGAGAGCGCAAAAAGAAGGCGGAAGAAGAAGUUAAACCUCUCCAAGAGGAACCCCAACCGGAAUGGGAGGAAGGAAAUGAAGCAGAAGAAGCAGGAGAAGAAGGAAAGCCUGUGCAGGAAGAAGAACCUUCGCCAGAACAGGUAGUUUCGCAGCCAGAGGAACCUCCGAACGAAAUACCCCUGCCCCGUAAAAAAGCAGAAAAAGCAGGAGAAGAAGGAAAGCCUGUGCAGGAAGAAGAACCUUCACCGGAACUGGUAGUUUCGCAGCCAGAGGAACCUGCGAAAGAAAUACCCCUGUCCCAAAUGCCUAUGGCACAAAUGCCCGUACCGAUGCCGCGGCGUAAACCAAAAGCGGAAGUUCCACAUGAGAAACAAACAAAACAACCAGAGGAGCCUGGUGUGGAUGCAGUACCAGAUGAAGGAUUCGUGCAGAGGCCGAUAUCUCGUGCGAGAAAGACACGAAAGGAGUUUGUCCGGAAGGCGGGGCCUCCUCCCGCGGCCCCGUCGCAUGUGCAACCAGGUAUUGAAGAGGAAGUGGCACAUGGGCAGGGGCCUCCUACCGGGGCUUCUGACCAGCUGCAACCAGGUAUUGAACAGGAGGCAGAAGAAGUGGAAGCCGUUCAACAACCGACUCAGCCACUACCUUUUGAGCCUACGCCAAUGCAGCCUACCUUGCCACAGCUUCCAGAACAACCAGCGCCAGCUCCAGCGCCUAGUGUGCCGGAAUUGGGGUAUGUUGAGCCGUAUGUCCCUCCAGCAAUCGCCCCUGUGGCGACCCACGAAGUUCCAGAACCCGUACCUGUCAUGGAUAUCCAGGAUGAUGAGAAAUUGCGAGAUUUGAGGGCUCGUCGGAACGUCAUCAGCAGUCUGGUGGGUGUUGCAACGAGGCUGACGGAUGAAUUGAUGGCAAGGGAGACACCGGGGAUUGUCAGCACAUUGAAGCAGAAUGCGGAAACAGCUGAAAAGGCGGAAUGGGACUACGAUUUAGCGAAAUGCCGAGGAGAUCCAAACCUUCCAUACAUUCGGUGUGAGACCGUCCGCCUAAUGGAAGCAUGCAUUGAACGAGCCCGCGAUGCUCUCUUGCAGUUGGUGAAUCUGGCAAAAAUACACGGUGAGCAAGUGCAUGCGUACUGUUCUGAGACCUUUUCUUCAAGCUACGAGAGUAUACGGAGUGCUCUGGGGGAGAUGGCCGAUUGGAAAGAGUUCAAAUUGUGUCUCUCGACGCUGUCUUCGGUGGUAAAUACGUCGGUAGCUCUGAAACAUGAGAAUGAAGCCCAGCUUAGAAUCUUGCAGUCAAUAGAGUUUGCUGACGAAUGCAGUGGAUAUGAUUUCGUCAAAGCAUACGCAGCCGUUGCUGCCAUGAAUUUCAGGAAGGAAACCUUGCAACGCUUGUCUGCUGUGGGCAGCGCAUUGGAGAAAUAUAUACUACAAGCCCAAAAGUCUUGGCUGACAGGAGUGCUGCAGCUUGAACGCGUACCGCUUGAGAUGGACGUAAAAUUGGCCCAGGAAGUCCAUGCGUUAUUGUCAAAAUUUCGCCCGGCAUGUGCAGGCCAGACAGCAUCUGGAAUAACAGACGGAGAAUUACAUGCCGUAAACAAUUUGCUUCAACAGCAAUAUCAGGAUAUGCAAGGUAUAGCUAGUGCGAAGGACGUCCAUGCUGUUGCAGCUGCGUACAAACGCGCACAGCUAUUCAAUCAAAGGCUCAAGCCCACAGUGCAGCUGCAAAAGGAGAAGUUGGAUUCAGUUCUGAAGCGUCAGAAGCUCAGCAAAGAAGAGGCCAACGCUGCCGCUGAGGCCAUGGCGAAAAUUGCUGAGACUGUCGUCGACGACAGCGAAGAUUCCUGGCGCUCCGCGCAUGAUCUUUAUGCACAUAUUGGUGACAAACCUGAAGAUGUGCUUAGUUUUGCUAGCGGGAAAGCUCUACUGCAAACGCUGACAACUAAGAUAAAGUCCAGUACUCUUGAAAAGGUACAGGGUGCUUCGACCCCUCAGAAUGUUGCCGCAGACGCUGUGAAGAAAUACUUUGCCGAACCGUGGAGCAUGAUUGAAGCUUUGGCGAAGGAUCAUUGGUUGAAAGCGCAGGAGACGCUGGAGGCAGCGAAGAAGGGGAAAAAGUACAAACUAGAUAGCGAAGGAUUUGGAUCAUCUGCACUGGACAAGAAAACGAAACUUAGGGUUAUGGCGGUUGCGACGAAGGCAGAGACAGCACUUCCGCUGCUAAGAUUUCAAUAUUGUCAUGAACUAUCAAAGGAAAUUGAGGUGUAUGAUGGUAUAUUUAGCUCUGUAUCCAUGUAUCUACCUGACCCUGCAUCGACGGCGUGGGCUGAAGUACGACAGCUGAAAGACCGAUUAGACUCUGCAAGGGCAAUGGCCAGGGACAGUAAAGCGAUUGAAAAUGUAGCUGAACUCGCAAACACGAUGCUGCAGACGUCCUUGAGUGCCCGGCGUAUUGUUGAGAAUGCGCACUUGGCUCAGCUUACAGCGGCAGUCGAAAAUGCGCUCAUUGAUCUUCAUAAUACAGCACGAAAUUGA